UUCAUAUGCAUAACCAGUAAAGGGGCGACAAAAGAACUCGUCCAAAAUGUGGAAUUAUUUUUAUAUUUUCAAUUUCAUUUGUUGCAUAAAUGCUGUUACUUAUAAUUCUUUCUAUGGAGUUCCGGCAACGGCCGAAGAAAUAGCAAAGUUUCAAGAAAAAAAUAUCGCUCAUAUAUGCUUAUCCAACUUCGAGCCGUGUGAUGAGAACGAGUGGAGCCGCGUGGAUGGCUCCUGCGACAAUCUGGAGCAUCCUACUCUUGGCAUGUAUAAUACUCCGAUGUUGAGGAUGUUACCGGCCAACUAUAGUGAAGGUUUCGAACCAAGAAAGACAAAAUCAGGAAAUGACCUCGACCUCGCGAGACAAUACCGCUUAUUACUCUUAAAAGUGGGUGAGGGGUUAAAUGAGAAGUUAACUACGGCAGUCUCGUACUUUAUGGAGUUUGUGACGGCUGAUAUAGGAUCCGCUCAUGAUAUUUUAACUUAUCUAGUUUCUGUACCAUAUUGCUGUCAACCAAAAGGCUUAAGUAACCCAUUGUGCACACCAAACUAUAUACCUGAGAACGACAACUUGCACAGAUUUACUGGCAUCACUUGCCUGAAUAUGACCAGACCGCUAUCGUUCCAGAGCACAGGAUGCGUGGCAGCUGACACGGUUCCUAACAGGAUUAAUUUGGCAACAACUAAUUUUGAUCUAUCAAUGGUGUAUUACUACGCCGCGGGAUCUAUCCAACAAACCAGGGCCUUCGAAGGUGGUCGGCUUAAAGUUGAAGUUGUUGAAGACGGUAUUUUUCCAAGCGCCGCCAACGCCAACACUACCUGUUUCUUAAAAGAAGCUUUUAAGACAGGUUGCAGCAGAAAUGUUCCAAACGGUUUGAUCGGCAUGAAUAUGUUUAUCGUGUGGGUCUGGAGAUUCCACAAUCUGAUCGCGGACACUCUAGCCAAGCUAAACCCUAGUUGGGAUGAUGAAACUCUGUUCAACACUGCGCGGGAUAUCAACAUUGCCCACUUCUUACAAAUUAUGUUUUACGAGUUUUACACUAUUAUAUUAGGUAGGGAGAAUAUGAUAAAAGAGGGGAUUAUCGGGUGUGACAAUGGGUUCAGAGAUCCUUACGAUCCUAAGGUUCUUCCUGGAUUGUCCACCGAGUUCGGUUAUGCUGCACGCUGGUUUCACAUCACGCAGGAUGCGAGGCAGCGAAUGUACGACAAAAAUAAUAAUUUCAUUGACACGGUUGCUAUCAUCAACUACUCUCUUCGCUCGCAAAAUUUAGCAUUCAACAAAACCAUGGAGGGAUUGGCGCAUGGCAUCCACAUACAGGCCGCUGCAGCAUUCGACGAUACUGUACACCCUGAUCUCGCUGAUCUUGGUCUCGGUGGACUACAACGUUCAUUUGACAUCCUCACAGCUGAUUUGUCCAAGGGAAGAUAUUUUGGAUUCGCCCCCUACAGUCAAUAUAGAGACUUUUGUACCGACUACACUAUCAAGCAUGAGAAAUUCGAAGACUUAAACUACCUCAUGAGGCCUUCUAAAAUAGAAGAGCUCCAAAGAGUUUACAAGGAUUUGGUGGAUGUUGAACUAAUGGCUGGUAUUUGGUCUGAGAACUUGAUGGAAGGAGCGUGGGUACCGCCAACUAUCUAUUGCAUUAUCGUGAACCAACUGAAGAGAAGUGUGGCCAGUAACCGUCAUUGGUACGAGAGACCCAACAGACCACACGCCUUCACCGAGGCACAAUUUCAUGAAAUCCGGAAGGCGUCGCUGGCUGGCCUACUUUGCGCUGUUGGAGAUGGUAUUUCCGAAAUCCAACCACAAGUUUUCUUGAGAAUUGGUCCCGGGAAUAAUAAGAUGGGCUGCGAGAAUAUACCAAGACUGGAUCUCACUGCGUGGAAGGACCCUAUCUCUGACAGCAGAUAUUAAUAAACGAAUCACGUCUAAACAUA